AUGGCCGAAUUAUUCGAUUCUUACGCAUCUGAUUUCGGUCAAUUGACCUCUUCAAUAACGUCCAAGUUGAACAAUGAAGCACCUUCUCAAUCUGGUGAAGCAAAAAAGGCAACUUUACGAAGAGUGGAGAUGGAAUUAGAAGAAGCCGAUGAAAUUAUAAGUCAAAUGGAGAUCGAAAUCAAUUCUUUUCCUGCAAGUUUAAAGUCACAAUACAAUCUCAAGCUGCGUGGCUAUAAAAGUGAUCUCGAUAAACAAAAAGAACAAUUACGUAAACAACUUCAACAAUCUUCUCGUGGCGGAGGUAGAUUUGAUCCUGCUUUGAACGAAGGUGGAAAUGGAUUCAAUGAUGAUUUGGAAUCCGGCAGGUCAUCUUAUGAUCCACAAUCGCAAAGACAGAAACUUUUGCAAGGAACGGCUACCUUGGAUGACGGAAGCAGAAGAUUGGAAGAUAGUCACAGAUUGGCAUUAGAGACGGAAGAUUUAGGAGCAGAUAUCUUGCGUGAUUUACGUGGACAGAGAGAGCAAAUCGAGAAUAGCAGAGACACACUCAGACAAGCAGAUUCAAAUUUAGAUCGAUCUUCACGUACUAUUGGUCAAAUGAUUCGUCGUGCAAAGCAACAAAAGCUUGUCACAUAUGGUAUUAUCAUCGUUCUCGUUCUGCUGAUCUUGUUAAUCUUGGUGAGUUGGAAGAGACAGAACAACAAACAAGAUUGUGCUGCUAACUUUGCUCUUUGUUUUUUUACAGUAUUCGAAAUUCUUCUAGUAGGUCUCUUUUGCGUCACUUAA